AUGUUAACCAGGUGGUUAUCUCUCACGGCCCUUCUGGUUGCCUCAGCAAAUCCAGACAGAGCAGCUAUUGGCCCUCUGACUGUAGCACCAACCCGCCGAGUCAAAGGCCAUCCAGAGGUAGAGCUGACUCUGAACUGUGGAGACGGAAAGAACGCAGGUGUGGUCCAGUAUUGGCACACGCCCUUUGGAGACCUCCAGACCCCCGGUUCCCACGGGAAACCGGACCCCGUCUUUGUGCAGCGCGUCGGGAGCCUGACGAUCCCCAACACCAGCAGCCUACACAGCGGCAUGUACUACUGCCUCCUGCGGGACACGGGGGGAACUACACUGUGGUCGUACGAGCUCCAUGUUGACAGCGAAUAUAAGCGAAGCGAUACGUUCAGGUUCAGGAGGGAUGUUGGGUCCCCGGAGGAGAGGCAGGCGGGAGUCUCAGACGGUCAGUUUGCGGGAGCUGUGGCGGCUUCAGUGCUGUUGACGUUUGUGGUGGGCUUCAGCGCUGGAGCUCUGACCAGGACUCCGGUUCUCAGGUGUUUAGGGGCGGUCACUACAAGGUUGCGAUCACCACGGCAACAACGCUGCCAAACUGACACGCAGGAGCAUGGCUCUGAGGUCACCAUGACAACCCUGCUGCCCACGUACGACAACCAGGCCUUUAAGAUGGAGCAUGACAACGAUGACUCUGCAGAUUGUGCAACCGCAGAGACGACGACCUCACCUCCCCCUGCCAAACCUCAGAGAAGCUUCCGGCAAAAACGACAGGAGGCGGCGCAGGACACCACGGCCUAUCUAGAGGGAUGUGACUACAUGGAGGAGGAGGCAGGAGGAAGUCACAAGGAAAGGAAUAAAGGGUGUGAUGGGGAGGUAGAAGGAGAGAUAUAUUUGGAGGAUGGUGGGAGUCAAAGUGAAACAGAUGACAAGUGCAGUGGAGACAUAGAGGAGAAAGAUGGAAGAGAGAGCAAGGAGGAGUAUGAGGGGUGGAGACACGAUGAAGAGGUGGAGGCGGCAGGUGAGCAAGAGAACAGGAGCAAGGAGGAUGGAGAGGAGAGGAAGUGCAGAGGAGAAAGGGAGCGAUCAAGAGGGGGUAAAUGA